AUGUUCCGUACUGCACUCUUUGUUCUUGGGGUGUGCUAUCAAGCGCAAGCAUGCUCCCGCGUAACAUACGAGGCGAGCAAUGAUCGCAUCGUUGUUGGUCGGUCCAUGGACUUUGUCGCCGAGACGAACACGACAUUCCUUGCUUACCCAGCCGGGUUGAAACGCACUGGCAGCAGUGUCGAAACGAAUGGAUACAACUGGACCUCUAAAUAUGGCUCCGUCACGGCUCUUAUGUACAACAGAGCACAUAUCGAUGGCGUGAAUGAGAAGGGUCUCACAGGAAGCUGCCUUUACUUGGACGACAGUGUUUACGAAAAGCGCAACAACAAAGUUCCCAGUAUGUGGGUUGGACACUGGUUGCAGUACUUUCUCGACCAGUAUGCUACCGUCGAGGAGGUGGCAAAGGCUGUCUGCCCCGGCCGCGGAAAAUCGCCAUUUCAAGUCGUUCCCACGGCCCUCGUACCUGGUGUCAAGUCCGCCGGUCAUUUGUCAUACAGCGAUCCAUCUGGAGACAACCUUAUCAUGGAGUAUGCCAAGGGCGCAUUGACAUGCUACCACUCGACGAACUAUACCGUCAUGACGAAUGAACCUACAUUCGAUCAACAGCUCGCAAUCAACAGCUAUUGGGCUCCAAUUGCCGAUUCGGCUCUUCCAGGAACUUCAAGACCUGCUGAUCGCUUUGCCCGACUCUCCUACUACCUCUCAGAAAUCCCCAAGACAAAGUCACUACCAACGGCCAUUUCGUACGCCGCAGGAAUGAUUAGGGCUGUUAGCGUUCCCAUCCCUCAAGUUAUCAACGCCAAGCCCGGAGCGGGAGCUGCAGAUAUUUGGCCAACUUUCUGGCGUAUUUUCACCGAUCUCAAGGAUUCGACGGUUUUCUACGAGUCCGCUUCUGGUCCUGCGCUGUUCUGGUUUAGCUUGAAGGACUUUGAUCUCUCAACAAAGGGUACCACAAUGAUUCUGGAUGUUCAGGCUGCGCCGUGGGAGGACCGCGUGGGGGAUGUUUCUAAGCUUUUCAAGAAGGCUACAAAGAAGCAAUGCGCAAUGGCAGAUACACAAUGCUAG